AUGGCUCAGAAAAGCCCUGCAAACAACAGCAUUAAUCUCCUCUACAAGGACUUGACCUCCGAGGUAACCAGGCGCCGAGUCACCAUGAUCAGGAGAAAAGAGAUAAUUACCCAGAAAAGUGAUGAAGCUAAGGAGAUGUUCUCCCACUUGGAUUUGGAACAAGUCCCUCCCCCUCGCAGGACCCACCUCACAGUACCUCCCGCCCCACCUCCUUCUCCAGCUGAGGAUCCCAUGCUCUCCUAA